AUGGAGAAGAACGAGGUCGUCGUCAAGCCCGAUGAGGAGCCCAAGGUGGCGGGCAUUGACUCCGGCCGCACGAGCCCCGACCCGGAAAAGCAGUCGGUGCACCAAGGCACGACUGCACAGCUCAAGCGCCGCCUACAGUCGCGCCACCUGCAGAUGAUCGCCAUCGGCGGAACCAUCGGUACUGGUCUUUUCAUUGGCUCGGGCGGCGCCAUCGCCAAAUCUGGUCCCGCGGGUGCUUUGAUCGCCUAUGCCUUCGUGGGCACCCUGGUGUACAGCGUUAUGGUGGCAUUGGGCGAGAUGGCAACAUACCUGCCCGUCUCGGGUGCCUUCACCGUGUAUGCGAGUCGCUUUGUGGACCACAGCUUGGGCUUCUCCAUGGGCUGGAUCUAUUGGUUUUCGUGGGCCAUCACGUUCGCCCUGGAGCUCACCGCCAGCGGCCUCAUCAUCCAGUACUGGAAACAGGACCUCAGCGUUAGCAUCUUCAUUGGCGUUUUCUGGGUCAUCAUUACAGCGCUCAACCUUUUGCCCGUCUCGUUCUACGGCGAAAUCGAGUUCUGGUUCGCCGCCAUCAAAGUCCUUACCGUCGUCGGCUUCAUCAUUUUCGGCAUUUGCAUUGACGCGGGCGCUGGCCAGAACGGCUAUCUGGGCUUCUCGACAUGGAACAGCCCCGGUGCUUUUGCAAGCUACUUGGUCGAUGGACACACGGGCAAGUUCGUCGGCUUCUGGGCCGUGCUCAUCCAAGCCGGCUUCUCGUAUCAGGGCACCGAGCUGGUUGGUAUCGCCGCGGGUGAGACCGACAACCCACGCAAGACCGUCCCGGCCGCCAUCCGCAAGACCUUCUGGCGCAUUCUCAUUUUCUUCGUCCUCACCAUCUUCCUGAUCGGCCUUCUCGUGCCCUACGACAACGAGCAGCUCCUCUCCGACAGCACCGAUGCCAGCGCCUCCCCCUUCGUCAUCGCCGCACAGCUCGCCGGCGUCAAGACGCUGCCGGGCCUCAUUAACGGCGUGCUUCUCUGCGUCGUCCUUUCCGCCGCCAACAGCAACGUCUACAGUGGCAGUCGUAUCCUCGUCGGCCUCGCCAGCGAAGGCCUCGCGCCCCGCCUCCUCUGCUGGACCUCCGCCAACGGCGUCCCCUACGUCGCCGUCGCGGUCACCUCGGCCAUGGGCUUGCUGGGCUUCAUGAACGAGUCCUCCAGCGGUGCCCAGGCGUUCGACUGGUUCAUCAACAUUGCCGGCGUCGCGGGCUUCAUCUCCUGGACUUCCAUCGGCAUCUCGCAUCUGGCCUUCAUGCGCGCCCUCAAAGCCCAGGGAAUCUCCCGCGACAGCCUGCCCUACAAGGCCAUGUGGCAGCCGUGGUUCAGCUGGUACGGCGUGGUCUUCAACGUCCUCAUCAUCCUGACCCAGGGCUUCACCAGCUUCAUGCCGUGGAAUACCGUGGAUUUCUUCGUUGCGUACAUUAGCGUCAUUCUGUUCGUGGUGCUGUUCGUGGGGCACAAGGUCUGGACGCGGUCCAGGGCAGUAAGGCCCGUGGAUGUCGACUUGCUGUCGGGCAAGAAGGAGGUCGAUGAGAUGUAUGAGGGCCUCGAGGACGACGCGGAGCCUAAAGGGGUGCUGAAACGGAUCUCCAGCUGGGUGUUGGGCUAG